GGAGCCAGCGUGUGUGGAGCUGCAGGCUGAGCUGUUUGGACCGCCGACCCGGCAGAUCAGAGCUCUGCUGGACAAUAUUUAGAGCAGGUUCAGAUCCUUCGAAGAAACUCUCAAUGCAGAGAAAACACACACAUUCAGGCAGAUUCGCUUUUUUAAUACACAGUUAUUUACCAUUGAGACAUUUACUCCCGGCGGAGGGCUUUCUGUGUGCAGCUGUAUGUGCACUGCCAAAAACUUGAGGAAAGAAACAUCUGAAGAACACCUCUCCAACACUUUGUCCUUUCCUGCAGCGGGACUUGGAGAGGGGCACCAUGCCAUUCCUCGGCGCACUGUGUGUGUACUUUCUGAUCAUCCUGAGGCCAGUUAUGACAAACAACAUCACCGAGGACAUAGACGUGUUGGUGUUUCUGCCACAAAAUAACUCCUACCCGUUCUCACACGCAAGGGUCGCACCGGCCAUCCUUUACGCACAGCAGCGGCUGCAGGCGGAGGGGGGGCAGUACUCCGGGAUCCACUUCAACAUCCACUUUGAGAACUCCGACUGUGUGAAUGGGGCUCUGUUCCUGCUGCUGGACAGGUCGUGCGGGCAGAAGCCGGAUCUGAUCUUGGGUCCGGUGUGUGAGUACGAGGCGGCCGCGGUGAUCCGGCUGGCGUCGCACUGGGACAUCCCAGUGAUCUCGGCAGGUGCCCUGGCCGCCGGCUUCAGCAACAAGAACACCGAAUUCUCCCAGCUGACCCGCAUCGCCCCGUCCUACGUAAAGAUGGCAGAGACGUUCACCGCGAUGUUCGAGCACUUCACCUGGAGGAGCGCGCUGCUGCUGUUCGAGGACGACAAGCAGGAGCGCAACUGCUACUUCACCCUGGAGGGGGUCUACCAUCUGAUGGCGGACUUUAACAUCAAAUCAUACGCUGUUUCUAUGGAGGAACGUUUGGACACUGACGACAUCCUCCAAAACAUCCAUGACACUGAAGUGGUGAUCAUGUGCAUGGGGGCGGACCGGAUCAGAGAGGUCAUGCUGGCUGCUCACAGGCGCCGGCUCACCAACGGCAGCUACAUGUUCUUCAAUGUGGAACUCUUCAAUGCCUCCUCUUAUGGAAAUGGCUCGUGGAAGCGUGGAGAUAAAUAUGACAGUGAUGCGAGGCAGGCCUAUGCCUCCCUGAACACUGUGACUCUGCUCAGGACCGUCAAGCCUGAGUUUGAAAAGUUCUCCAUGGAAAUGAAGAAGUCUGUGGAAAAAUCUGGGUUUCAUGACUGCAAAGACUGUGGGAGUGUCAACAUGUUUGUGGAGGGGUUCCAUGAUGCCAUGCUGCUGUAUGCCAUCGCCUUGCAUGAAGCUAUGAAGAAUGGAUACAGUAAGAAGAAUGGAACGGAGAUCACGUCUCACAUGUGGAACAGAACUUUUGAAGGAAUUGCUGGGCAGGUAUCUAUGGAUGUCAAUGGUGACAGAAAUGGUGAUUUCUCUCUGAUGGCGAUGACGAAUGUUGACGCAGGAACAUAUGAGGUGGUUGCCAACUACUUUGGUGAAAAUGGAACUUUCCAGCUGCUGCCUGCAUUCAACUCUGAGCAUUUCACCCUGAGAGGAAGACAUAAAGAACAGCCAGAGAUCCCAGACAAAUCAUGCGGACUAGGAGUAUCAGCUUUGACUGGAGUCAUAGUGGGAGCUGUUCUGGGAACUGCAUUGCUUAUAGCAUUCUACUUUUUCAGAAAAAACUACAGGAUUACUAUUGAGCGUCGCACACACGGUGAAGAGUGUGACACUGGGAAGCACCGUCAGCUACGAGAGGACUCCAUCAGAUCCAACUUCUCAGCAGCGUGAUGCCAGCAGCAGAGAAUCACUCCUGAAUGUGACCAAAGACUUUGCAGUGGUUGUCAGUGGAGCCAUGCUGUUAAAAAUGAGACAUUGUGUGUUUGUAUCCUUUAAUAUUUUUUGACUUAUUGUAACUCAGGACAGUUGUAACAAUCACAAAGCACCACUUACUCGGAUCGUCCUGCAUACAAAAGGUAUAUGAUUGUAUAGAAAGCUUUGGCCAUAAUAUUUUUUAAAGAUUUUUAAAGAAUUUGUUGUUUAAAUAUUCAGAUGGUGUUAGCAUGACUGUGAACGAUUGAGUGUAUCUAACACUACACUUGCAUACAUUAAUGAUGGGGGGAGGUCUGCUUUUGGCUCUCAGGUUGACAGGAAUUGUACAGGCCUCAUGUUUAAGGUUGGACCUAUACUGUAUGGAUAGGAAAUUAGCUACUGAUAUUAAGCUACUGAUAUUAUAAGGUUUUCAGUGUACCAUAACUCCAGCAGCCUCCGUGCAAAUCCUUCCUACCUGAGCACAUUGCUCCUAAAAUCAGAAACACUGGGUCCUAUUUAAUCUCUUCUACUUUUUAAAUGAGCUAAUUUACAGUGUUUUUAAAUGUGUCUAAUAAAUUGAAAUUGCUACCUGUUUAAAAGACUGUGGUGCUACUUUCUGAUAAGGCAUACUUCACAAAGCUUUUUAAAUUGUUAAAUCAUUUACUCGUGCUUUCUAGAUCAGUAAUACAUCAGGAGUAAGAAUGACUUGUGGUCAUUCUGGCAACUUGGUUUUACGUUCGUAGUGUUCCUUGAUCAUGUGACCUGUCUGAUCUUGCUAUGGUUUGCUCACCUGCUCAUGUUUGUUCUGAGAUCUUACCGAUUACCUUCUCCAGUAAAUGUUGCAUAACCAAGAAACCAUAGUAAGUCGUUUGAAAGUCUCUUUUUGAAAGAGCUAGCUAAAAACAUGAAGCCAGUUUUCAAGUGAAAGAGCAUUAACUCAAAUAUACAUACAUUAAUAAAGGAUUAAGCAACACUACCAAAGACAUAAGUUCCAAUUGGUAUUCCCCUAUCAGAAAGAGAAUCUGAAAUCAUAAAUACAUUUCUGCAGUUUGAUGCUCUUUCAAUGAUUUACUUCAACUUUACUGACUGCAUGUAAGAAUCAUUUCAGUCUGCAUUAAGUGACCUAUAGCUCAGUCUGUCUUUACAUUACUCAUGCAGGACUUAGGGGAGUUUUUUAUACACGCAAAAUAAAGAACUUGCUGGUUCAGUUUGUGUGUUGGGGAAAUAAGCUGAUUUAUUUAAUACAGCUUAAAAAAACAUUUCUAUUCAGGAGGACCACAUUCACUUGCUUUAUUUUAUAGCUCUGUAUAUUAUAUGAUAACUUUUAGUAUCUGAUAGGGUAUAAUGUAUUUAAAUUAUUUUUGUUAUUUAACAUAAACAUUUAAAAAAGUGUAUAUCUCGAUAUUGUGCAAGUAGAUAUGUUAAUAAACAUCAUUUGGUUUCUA